AUGGAUCGUGACUACGCACUUGACGACGUAAAUCAAAUACCAAAGCUUCUGAAUAGAGUCGAGGGCGAUGAUUCGCUGACAGAGCAGAUCGAUCACCUGGCUCAUUGUGCCAUCGCCUCUCUCUUUUAUUUUGAGCUGAGUGGGAUGCCUUCCCGUCGAGAUGGGAAGUUCAUUGGCGCCGGGUUCCUUUUGUGUUCAAUACCGGGGGUUGAUCCCGCUUUCAAGUCAUUACUCACUCGGCUUGCAGCUGGACGUGCACAGCUGUAUGUGAACGGACAACCCAUGACUUGCAAUUGGGAUGACGACACUCACCGUGAUGAGAAUGGCAAUUUCUCCAGGCGUAUAAAUUAUGACACUGGAGAUCAAAUCAGCAUAACCAUACGUAUGGGUCGCUCCACUCCGUCAGGGGCUCCUAUAAGCGGGUUACCAAGCGCCGUUCUUGACCUCGCGAGCGAACAAGGGUUGAACGCUUGCUUUGGGACAUCUGACCAUCGAAAGCGAAAGAGGGUCGCCGAUGAUGAUGUGCAUGCUGCAAAGAAGAAAUGUCGGUUUCACUGUGGUGAGUGA